AUGAACAUCAGAAUUGACUCUUGCAUGCUCCACAGCCUGGAAAGACGUUUGGAAAGAAUUGAACAACAAGCGAAUUACAUUUCAGCUACCCUCAAACAAUUAAACGCCAAACUUAAUGAAUAUAUACGAAAUGAAGAGAACAGAAAUUGCGAAGAAAAGGCACGGAAGCCAUUAGAUCAUUCGCAUCACUUGUUACAAUCUUUACAACAUCAUCUAUGUGACGCAAUCACCUUUAGAGAAAAUCCAUCAGUUGAGAAAACUAACGAUCCACCAGUUGAGAAAGAUGAGAAUACAUUAUCAACAUUGAAUCAACCAACUCCAUCAAAACAAGAAAAAGAAUACAAGCCAAAGAACAAACCUCGCAAAACAAGAAGGACCACACAAGCUAAAAAACAAUCAUCCACCGACAAAGCCAAGCCAAAAAGAAAAAACAAAGCAAAAGAACAAACUUCACGAUCAUACUAA